GCUGUGGCACUUGUCACCUCCUUGGGGACAGGACGGGGGAGGGGCUCUGGGUGGCUGCAAGGAGGGUCCCAGAGCUGUCACCUCCUUGGGGACAGGGGCGGAGGUGCCACACCCAGCCCUGCUGGUGUCACCGGCGCGCACAGAGUGUCCCAUUGUCACCUCCCCCGGCCGCUGGGCGCCAGCCCCGCCCGUGUCACCGGGCACCGGGACACUGUCCCCUCCGUGCCACCCCUGGGGACAGCAGCGCCACCGCUGUCCCCUCGCAAGCCUCGCCUUUGGUGGCAGCUCGGGGACAGCGCUGACGGCUCUGUGUCGCCAGGAGUGUCGCCGGUGUCCCCAAUCCACGUGUACACGCCGCGCGAGCUCUAUGGCACCGUGGGCUCGCGUGUCACCCUGUCCUGCAGCUUCUGGUCCAGCGAGUGGAUCUCGGAGGACAUUUCCAUCACCUGGCACUUCCAGGCCGACGGCUCCCGCGACAGCAUCUCCAUCUUCCACUACGCCAAGGGCCAGCCCUACAUCGACGACGUGGGGACAUUCAAGGAGCGCAUGGAGUGGGCGGGGAACCCGCGGCGCCGCGACGGCUCCAUCGUCAUCCACAGCCUGGAGCCCAGCGACAAUGGCACCUUCACGUGCGACGUCAAGAACCCGCCCGACAUCGUGGGCAAGUCCUCGCAGGUCACGCUCUACGUGCUGGAGAAAGUGCCACCCCGCUACGGUGUCGUGCUGGGCUCUGUCAUCGGCGGGGCGCUGCUCCUGGUGGCCGUGCUGGUGGCCCUGGCCUACGGCACGCGCUACUGCUGGCGGCGGCGCCAGGCGGCUCUGCAGCGGCGGCUGAGCGCCAUGGAGAAGGGGAAGCUGCAGCGCUCGGGCAAGGACGGCUCCAAGCGCAGCCGGCAGGCUCCCGUGCUCUACGCCAUGCUGGACCACGGCCGCAGCGCCAAGAAAGCCAAGGGCGACUCGCGCAAGGAUAGGAAAUAGCGGUUAGCGGGCAGGGAGGGACCCCCGGGGGCGGCCGGGGCCGAGGGGGACUCCCGGCCCCCCAAAGUCAUCAUGACCAUCGAGAUGGAGCUGCGGGGGGAGCCCCAGGCCGCGCCCCCGCCCGCCGCCCGCUCCCCGAGCCGGGGCAGCCUCAAGAGCGCCCUGCUGAGCAUCAUCAAACCCAACUCGGGGGGCUCCUGACCGCCCCCCCGGCCCCGGCCGCGGCCCCUCCGGGCUCGGGACCCGGCGAGGAGCGGGGUGUGGUCCUCGCCUCGGGUCCCCCGGCCUUGAGGACAGCGCUGGGGACAACCGCGGGUCCCCCCCGGCCCCCCCACGGUCGCUCCCUGCCCAGCCCCGGGCGGAAUUUCUCUUUCGGAAGACAAAAUCCCGGCGGAUUUGGGGUCGGUCCCCCCUCCCCGGGGACCUGCGGGGUCCCCGCGGGGCCGUGUCCCCGCCGCGUGUCCCCUCCCCGAACUCGGGGGGGUUUCUGUGCCCCCAAUUUCGCUCCUUUUCUGGCCGUUUUCUCGUCUCUCCCCGCGACCGACCCCAAAUGACGUCGCAGGGUGGCCCCCGCCCCUUUGUCCCCUUUGUCCCCUCCUGUCCCCCCAUUAACCCCCGCGCCCC